AUGUCCUCACCCGCCGCACGAGACACCGUCGUCAAAAAGAAGCACGUUCGCUUCGCCAGUAUGGAGUACGACGACGACAACGACGACCAGGAGGAGGACACCCUGUUCGACAAGAGGAAGGACACCGGCGGCCGGGGGCUGAAGAGCGCGUUGAAGGCGGCCAAGAGGAUCACGAAGCCGGGAUGCGACGACCGGGUGGAGGUGGUCGGCGGGGGAAGGGGCGGGUCUGGAGGCGCGUGCGGCCGCUGGAUGGUCACCCUCGCGCUCUGUGCAUCCUUCUUGGGCUUGGGGAUGUGUAUCUCAGUCAUCGGCCCCACAUUUGAGGACCUGGCUGUGAAUGUGAAGAAAAACAUCAGCAACAUCUCAUACAUCUUUGUAGGCCGCUCUGCUGGAUACAUUGGUGGUUCCCUUGUAGGAGGCAUCCUGUUCGACUGCAUGAACCCUCACCUCCUGUUAGGGCUUUCAAUGCUGAUGACUGCAUUUGGAAUGUGUGCCGUCCCGUUCUGUAAGCAGGCUCUGCUGCUCACCGGCCUCAUGUCCAGCAUUGGGAUGUCCAUGGGGAUUCUGGAUACAGGUGGGAACGUCCUCAUCCUGAACACGUGGGGGGAACAGGCCGGCCCUCACAUGCAGGCUCUGCACUUCAGCUUCGCCGCCGGGGCCUUCGUGUCUCCCAUCAUCGCCAAACUGCUGUUUGGAGCCGACAUCAACAGCAGGACGGCGAGUGGAUCUGCCAAUGGUACCAACAGUAGCAUCAGCGCCCCCCCCACCACAGCACCGGUCCCCAAAACCCCCAUGGUCCCCUCCAUCAUCAGCAACUCUAUGUGGGCCUAUGUGGUCAUCGGCUCUUUUGUCUUCCUCAUCUCCUUCCUCUUCUUCAUCCUGUACUCUCGCGGCAGCAUGUCACGUGACAAAGCUCGCUCGUCUUCAGGAAAGCCUCUGGUGGCCAAACGCCACAUGGCCAUCAUCUGCCUGCUCUUCUUCUUCUUCUUUGCUUACGUUGGCGCUGAGGUGGCGUACGGUUCCUACAUCUUCACCUUUGCUAAGGACUACGCCCACAUGGAUCAGGCGCAGGCUGCUGGCAUUAACUCUCUGUUCUGGGGUACCUUUGCCGCCUGCCGGGGUUUGGCCAUCUUCUUUGCGGCCUGCAUCUACCCGGGUACGAUGAUCCUGCUCAGUCUGGUGGGGUCCACUGUGUCCUCUCUGCUGCUGUGUCUGUUCAGUACCCAGUACGUGGCCCUGUGGGUGUGCACCGGCCUCUACGGGGCGUCCAUGGCCACCACGUUCCCUAGUGGGAUCUCCUGGGUGGAGCAGUACACCACGGUGACGGGCCACACGGCGGCGGUGUUCGUGGUCGGUGCGGCGCUGGGGGAGAUGGUGCUGCCCGCCCUGCUGGGCUUCCUGUUGGGGAAGUUCCACUCUCACCCCCUCCUCAUGUACCUGGCGCUCAUCACUGCCACUUUCACCGCCAUCCUGUUCCCCGUCAUGUACAAGCUGGCCUCAGCCCCCAGCGGCGGCCAGAGCAGGAAACCACGCCUCAGGGCUCAACCUGAGGCGGACGACAGCGAGUACCGGCAGGCGCUGCUGGACUCUGGAGCCAACGAGGAGGAGGAGGAGGAGGAAGAGCAGGACAAUGAGGCCGAUCAGUGGAACGACGCCGACUUCGAGGUGAUCGAGAUGGAUGACACGGCGAGCCUCGCCAAUUCACCCAGUAAGGUGUCCGCCCCGCCUGACGUCACAGCGCUGACAGGAAGCUCCGCCUCCACCUCCAACAGCAGCCAGGGGAUGGAGGGUGUGGCUGCGGUGGCGUUCUCAGACACCAUCUCUCUGGUCGGAGACUCGCCCAGACGUAAACUGCUGCUGUCUCUGGACCGGGAGAAGAGGGACUGAGGGGGACUCUGGUGGACUGAGGUGGACUCUGAUGGACUGAGGUGGACUCUGAUGGACUGAGGGGGACUCUGGUGGACUGAGGUGGACUCUGAUGGACUGAGGGGGACUCUGGUGGACUGAGGGGGACUCUGGUGGACUGAGGGGGACUCUGGUGGACUGAGGGGGACUCUGGUGGACUGAGGGGGACUCUGAUGGACUGAGGGGGACUCUGGUGGACUGAGGGGGACUCUGGUGGACUGAGGGGGACUCUGAUGGACUGAGGGGGACUCUGGUGGACUGAGGGGGACUCUGAUGGACUGAGGGGGACUCUGAUGGACUGAGGGGGACUCUGGUGGACUGAGGGGGACUCUGGUGGACUCUGACAGCCACGUCUCUGCGUGUGUCCUGUCCUCAUUUCUCUUCAUUAACGGUGCCAGCUCUGCAACACUGGCUAAAGUCUGAAACAAGCAGCUUAUCGGGGCAGUUUUUCAGAUCAACUCAAAUACCAACAGAGGGAGGCAGCGUUUGACAGGACAUGGGGGUCAGUCAUUUUUCAGAUCUAAGUUAGUGGUCCACAGGAAAUGCUGAGACUGGUGUCCAGCUGUGGGAUGCAGUGGCAGUUCCACUAGUGUCCCAGCUGUCACUGAAAAAGAUUCCAUCUCCAGUUGUGUGGUUAAUCAGAGCAUGGAUUUAACAGUUAAUAAUAUGAUGCAAAGGUGUCAAACAUGUGGCCCAGGGGCCAAAACCGGCCUGCCAAAGGGUCCAAUCUGGCCCCUGAGAUGAAUUUGUGAAAUGUAAAAAUUACACUGAAGAUAUGAACCAUCCAG